AUGGCUUGCUCAGAUCCCAAGGCGAUCCACAUCAUCUAUCCUAUGAAAUCUGCACCUCCAAAGAGUGAUUUCUACAGCAUGUGGCAGAACCCAAACAUUGGCAACUUUCCAGACCACUUCAGUCAGCGCGACGAAAAAGUCCAUGCCGAGCGGAGAAGGAUUAUCAGCCAUGUCUAUUCUCUGAGCAAUAUCCUCCAUUCAGAACCGUAUAUCGAUAAUUGUUCCAAUCUUUUCAUGCAACGAAUGGGGGCUUAUGCGGAUGCUGAGGAAACAGUGGACCUGGGAGAAUGGCUUUAA